CAUUACAGGGAUCCUAUACCCCCCCCCCCCAAAAAAAAAGUUAGACUACUGUCUCGCAGUGUCCGCAAAGGAAUGUUUAGUAUCCAAGUACUGUAGGGUUCUGGCAGCAGAUGUGAGAAACUUGGUGAUCAUGUAGAAGAAACAUUCAGCCUUGCAGGCGCUGUUCUUCAUUCACAACGCAGCAUUUUUUUUUUAAUGAAAGAUGUCAGGCACCUGCAAAAUAACGAGGGAUCAUUCGGUCGUUUGACGAAAUUGUUCCCUGUAUGUGGAUGUUUUGCAGCAAAUGAGCAAGAAACUUCCUGAAGGAGAAGAGGUGAGAUGGCUUCAAGCUCCAAUAAAACAACGCAGCCUGGAGGAGCAUGCAACGGGACUGCUGCAGACUAUACUAACAUAGAGCAGGAGCUGUACGACUACCAGAUGCACAUGAAAAUGUGUAAAAAAAUCGCACAGCUAACCAAGGUGAUUUAUGCCCUGAACACCAAAUGCGACGAGCACGACUCCUCGCUUCAGGCUCUGAAGGAGGCACACCAGGAAGAGAUCGAGCAGAUCAUGGAGGAGACUCAGGAGAAGAUCCUGAAGUACAAAAGCCAGGGGGAGGAGGAGACGGACCUGCACCAGCGCCUGCAGGCCAUGGAGGAGACCCUGGAGCAGUAUGAAAGGCUGAAGGACGAGGCGCUUACUGACUUUGAGACAUACCGCCGACAGACUGAAGAACGGGAGCUGAAGUCCCAGACUGAGCAUGCCGAGCGCAUCAUGGCCCUCUCCACGGAGAUGGUGGACCUGAAGAAGGACUUCGAAGGCAAACUCCAGGCUCUCGCUGGACUAAAGGAGCAGCUGGAACAGGAGAAGGAGAAGGCCCAGGCCGAACUGGAGAGGACCAACCAGGAAUCCCAGAGCCUGCAGGAUGAGUGCCGGGAGCUACGUAGAAACAGCAUGGGGGAGAGGAGCCGCUUGGAGGAGAUGUGCCAGACCAGGACAAGAGCCCUGAGAGAGGAGCUGGAGCGGCUCAGGGCCGAGAGGCUCAGGCUGGCCGAAGAGUUUGAGCAGAAGGUGAGCAGCUUGAAGGCUGCUCACCAGGAGGAGCAGGAGUCCCUGAAGAGAACGCUGCAGCAGUCGCUGACCGACACGCUCACACAGUGGCAACAGAGGGAGCUGGAGCACAGGAACGCCAUGCAGGCUUCUCUGCAGCAAAAGCUGAAGAGGAUGGAGGGGGAGCUGGAAGCCAAAGGGCAGCAGCUAAACGAAUGCAGGAGGCAUUCUCUGAAAUUACAGGACAGGAUGCAGGAUUUGGAAACGCAACUAGAGGAAGCACACCACAAAGUUGCUGAGGCUGUGGCCAGUAUGAAGAAAUCAGAGGAGGAGAUGUCUGUGGCCAAAGAGAGACUUAUUCUGCAGGAAAAUGAAUUACUAAACAAAUCAGAGGAACUGCUGAGCCAGUGCUCGUCCCAGAGUAAGGCAUCGGCACAGGCGGAUGAGUUCAAACGCCAGGUUCUUCAGCUGCAGAAACGCGUCAAAGAGCUGGAGCAGCAGGACGGCGGGAAGGCCAGCGAUCACGCCCAGCACGUGAAACAGCAUGUGGAGGCCCUUUCUGCACAGAAGCAGGAGCUGCAGAGGGCUCACGUGGAAGAGGUGAGGCGGGUCAGGAGGCAGACGGAAGAGGAGAAAGCCCGUUUGAAGGAGCAGCUCAUGAAGAAACUGGAGGACCUGGUGAAGAAACACACCGCUGAGCUCAAGUCAGUUCAGACUACCAUGGAAAAUGAGAGAAAGGCUAAAAAGGAUCUCCAGACUCAGGUUGAAGAGCUGAAAAGGAAAAUGGAGAGUGAGAGAAACAAGCUUGAAAAAGAUAAGAAAGAUAUUUCCAGCAGAUUGGAAGAAUCUGUCAGUGAGAUCUCUAGGCUGAAGUCUCUAAUACAAUGCAGUGAGUGCAGCACUGAGCAAACAGCACCUCCAGAGGCUCCUUGCACAGAGCACCGUGAGAGGUGGAAGGGGGAGCUGCAUCAGGCAAAGCUCAUCAUCGCUAAACUGAAGGAGGAGCUCAAACAGCAGGAAGAAAAACACCACAUAGAUAUCACAGCUCUGAAAAAAGAAAAAGACAAGCUUGAAGAGAAAAGUUUAAGACAGGUGGAGCGAAGUCAUGAAGAACAAAUGAGGCCAGAGCAUGAUCAGCUCGGGUGUGAGCACCCGAGAAAAGACCACAGAGAAGAGCAUCUGACUGCCCUGAGCCAGCUGCAGAAGGACAAGGACGCAGAAAUCAAGGAAUUAGAGGCAAGCUGGCAAAACAAAAUGAAAGACCUGCAGUCACAGAUUGAAGAACAGAAGAUUAAAUCUGGGACAGAGGGCAGUUAUCAAGGACCGGACCAGCUCACCAAAGAGGUUGAAAACUUGAAGCUGGAGCUCCAGGAAACCAAGAGAAUAAACCAGAGCCUGCUUGCUCAGCUCGAAACUGUCACUCAAGGGAAGCAAAAAAAUAUAGAAAACCAUGAACUUAAGGAGGUGGAAGGGCGUCUGUGGUGGCAGUAUGAGGAGGCUCUCAGGGCUGAGAAGCACUCUCACCAGCUGGCCCUGCAGGCCCUGGAGGAGUCGGCCCAGGCCGAACUGCAGGCCGAGCGGCAGAGGCAGCAGGAACGGCAGAAAACCCUCCUGGAAAGACAGAAAGCAGAGCUGACUCAGCAGCAUGCAGGCUGGUGUAAACAGGUGGCGCAGAGACACAUGAAGCAGAUUGAGGAGCUCCAGGCAGAGCUCAGGACUCACACAGAGCUCAUGGCUCUGCAGCAGGAUUUCAGGCAGCAAAGCCAAGUGCAGGCCUUUGAGAGACAGUUGGAAGAGUGCCAGCGUGAGGUCUUGGGGCUGAGGAAGGAAAACGUAGAACAGAGAGAGCAAAUGGCCUGUCUCCGAUCAGAGGUGGAGCUGAAGACACGGGAAAUACAGCAGCUCCAGGAGGCAGAACAGCAUCAGAGGAGGUCAUGGGAGGAAGACAUACUGGCUGGGCAUAAUAUAGAGGUCGAGUGUCUGAAACGGGAUCAUAGGAAAGAGAUUCAGACCAUUGUGUCUGACUUCAGCAGUGCUCAGACUCGACUGCAAGCAAGAAUUGUCUCCUUGGAAACUGAAUUAAAGGAAAAGGAUGAAAAUGCCAAGAGACAGGGGUCAAGAAUGGACGAUUUGCACAUCAUAGGGAAACUCCAGGAUAAGCUUAGUGAGAGAGACCAUGUUAUUAAGCGACUUGUGGAGGAGCGUAGAUGUCAUCAGUCUCCUCAGGUCAACCCAGAGGGUAGCAUUGUUAAAUCCUAUGAAAACCAUCCACAUCCCGGGAGCUUAACCCCAACUUUGAAGAAAAAGAAAAUGGAAGAAAUGCCCCCUCGGGUCACAAGCGUUCCAAACCUUAGCUCCUACGAGAAGAGCUUCCAGGGCUAUGAAGUGAAUCCAGACGGCAGAUGUCCUCAAGCCGCAAAGUCUCCCAGCUUUGAGCAUGGGAGAAGUGCUUUCAGGACUAAUAAUCGUCCUGCUCCAGCUCCAGAACUGAAGCCUGGAAGAAGCCCAGUGGAACAGAAAUGCCUUGACCAAGGAGCUGAAGUUCAGGAUCCUCAACGUCAGGAGUGGUUUACGAAAUACUUCUCCUUCUAAGAUUAAUGAACCUUCUGUACAUUAAAAUGAUCCUAAAACCUAGAAUAAAAUACUUCUAAUAAGCUGUUUGCACAUACAGAAAAACACCUUUUCUCACUGAUUAACGUAAUAGAAAAUACUGUAUAAGAAAAGUCGGAAACCAGUCAAUUUGUGUGAAAAGGGAUGUGAAUUAAAUUAUUUUUGGAGUUUGUCCUUGUAAGUUUGUGCCAUUUUCACUGGAUGAGAUUUGUUUGCAACACUGCUGGAACUACAGGGUUUUUCACAGUGGUUUAACUAUUGACUAAGUACUAAGAACAAGCUGAGCUCUGGUCCUAACAAGUCAAUUUCAUCAGUCAGGUAAUUUCUCAAUCCUAGUUCUAAGCCAUGGGUUUCCCAAAUCUGUUCCAGGCAAUGCCCCCCACCACACCCCAACUACCAGUCCAAGCCUAGAUUUUCUUUACUGCUGUAAUUACAUAAAACAUAUGCAAGACGGCUUGUAAUUUAGGUAAAAUCCGGACAUAACAUUUAUUACACAAGGUAAACCACUGUAAAAACAUCUAAAAACAUCAUGGGUGGGGGGUCCUGAAGACAGGUUUGGAAAACACCAGAACAGAAAAGAAUACAAUAAGGGGUCCAAGACAAUGCCAGCAGAUAGCUGGAGAAAGAACACACCCCUCUCCCCCCACAGGCCCGACCAAUGCUGUUCUGUUGUCAAGAAAGUAAACUACUCCCUACCACAGAUCUAACUUAUCUACAUUGCAGCUGAAUAUCUGGAAGAUGGGAAAAUACAAAUGUUUGGCACAAGAGCUGUAAGCAUCUCUGGUUUUCACUCCUGGGAACUCUCACCUGCUGGAUUGCAGGUGGAGUACAGGAGGCCAUGCAGGGGAAAUGGGAGUGCACAGAGACCACCACAGGCAACAUCCGACAGGCACACUGCUGCAGAAAACAUCUUCAGCUAAAGCUACAGCCUAAAGCAGCAGUGACCUGAUGCAAAAUACUUUUUGCAACAAUCAGCGAAGACAUCUUCAAAAGUGGAAGAGGGAUAUAAAAAUGAAUUAGAACACCUAUGUUUUAAGAACCUGCUUCCAGUAUACUGUAUGAGAAGUUGCCUAAUUGUAAUUAAAGCCAACUCCUUGUUUUAGUAUAUCUCUCUCUCUCUGCGUCUUGGGAUCCUUUUCACAAAUGCUAUUUGGCAUAAAUACAAUCCUAAGUGCAAACCAUGAUUUUGUGUUUGCAAUGUUAUGCUUUCAUAGAUUUUCACGAAAUGUAUACAGAAAUUAGUACAGCAAUAAUAAUAUUACACACAAUUGUUCUAUUAAAUGUUUAGCCUGGUCUCUUGCGAAGGUUAAGGGAUUCUGAACUAUUUUUAAUGUAACAGCUCCAAUAAGUAGCAUGAAUUAUCGAAGACGGGUUAAUAUGACAGAGAGGCAAGCAGUGAAGGUAACAAAUUUAACCAAUUCAGAAACGCAUGAUAAU